AUGGCGUCUACCAUGCUAGAGUCUGAGGCUGAAUUCACGGCCCGAGCCCAGGCCAUCAACAUGGAGGCGGCCUUCUUGGAGGCUCUCCGGAACGUCGGCAUCAAAACGUUUGGGCACCUGGCUUACAUAUGUGCUGUGAACCCUCAGAGCGGUGAUGAUACCGGACUGAUCCAAGCGGUCGAAGACUUGAUCAAGCGGAAGCUCGACCCGACCGAGAUUCCUGACCUGAGAAGGCUCUGGUACGAGGCCAACACGUUUGCCAUAUCGGAUCUCAAACAAAGAGUUGAAAGAUCAUCCCUCGACCCUCCUCGCGAAUUACCUCUUGCUGAGAGAAUGACCAGACUUCAAAAUCAGAAGAAGAGGCUGCAGGGGGUGGUGUUCACCGAACGGGUGGAACCGUCUCAUGGGCUCAUCGACAAAAUCCAAUCGAUGAUCGACUCCGGCGCUCUUGUAUACCUUCCACCGCACAAGUGCCCGUCUCGAGCCUUAGAAAUCUCGGCCGAUCGUCCCGGGCAACAAGUCCAGCUGAACGUCCUAUCCUUUGCGGUUCAUGAAGGAUGGCAUACUCACAUGUUCGACGCCAUCACACGUGAUCCUCCGCCGGGGCAUAAGUUCACCAGCAUCGCUCAAGCACUGAAUGCCGACCGUGAGCUGUGGCAGCUCAUUGCUCAGGAAAGCCGAGGCGAGCUCAAAGUCGUCGCUGGCGCCGACCCGCCGUUGGAUAAGUUCAUGGCCGCCUUGUCCACUCACACCCGUGUCAACAUCUGCCUCGCCAAUCUCCCGAAAGGCUCCGGCAAGGGUCCGGAAAACAAGCCGGAUCAUACGGGCCAGGAGGCAAAAGGGGGUCGUGGUCGCGGUGGCAAAGGCGCCAAGGGCGACAAGGGCAACAAAAGAAAGUGGGAUGACUCUGUGGACCCCAAGCGUGCUGAGAUUCUGCAGUUGCUCAAGGAGAUGCCCAAAGGUUGCGUGUCACGCAUGCCCAAGACUCGGCAAUUCCUCUGUGUCCUGUUCCAGCAUGGCAAAUGCCCUCAGCAGUCUAAGGAUCGCUGCAACCGCGGACUGCAUAACUGCUGGCAUAAGGACUGCUUGCGCAAGGGAGUCCCAUACUGCCCUCCGGGCCCGCCCACUACUGACGUGGCACCAUAUGCAGUUUUCGUCGAGUUGUGCUGUGGCUCGGCCAUUUUGUCCCACGCAGCUGCGUCCCAAGGAUGGCAGGUGUAUCCCAUCGAUCAUCACAGCAAUCGUUUUGAAUCCCUUGUUUCUUUUCUCCCGCUUGACUUGAGCACACUCUCUUCGCGUAAGCUCGUGGAUGACCUCAUCCAUCACGUUCGGCCGCUUUGGAUCCACUUCGGCCUUCCUUGCGGCACAUCAAGCCGAGCCCGCCAGUUGCCAGUUAGCCCCAAGCUGCGUGCCAAGGGAGUCCCCGCCCCUAGACCUCUUAGGUCGGCUAGGUUCCCCUUAGGGUUACCCGAUCUUUCCCCGCUCGAGCGCCAACGGGUGGAGUCAGCCAACGCUGUCUAUGUGACUUGCGUUCAUGCGCUCUUCGCAGCUUGGAAGGCCAACGCUCUCAUCACGAUUGAGAACCCGUCUCGGGCAUGGACCUGGGCGGCUUUGGCUCAGCUUGUUACCCGCUUCGGACGUGAUCAUGGCUGCCCAGAUUUCGUUGAUUGGUUCUUUCAGCUUGAGGAUGUCCAUUUUUCGAUGUGCAUGCACGGGGGCCAACGCAAAAAGGACACCCGCCUACGCUCCAGCCCAGGCGCCUUCAGCUCCUUGGCCAUGGAGUGCGAUGGACUUCACGAUCACGCCCCAUAUGGGCACCAGUGGUCGGGAGGCAAGUGGAAUUUCGACACGGCCUCCGAAGCGCAAUACCCACGAUUGCUGUGCAAGCGUCUUGUGUCAGCCGCUACUGCCGCUGUUUCGCCUGCGCUCCUGGAUACCACGAGGCUGCACUUUCGUCUCGACUCCUUGGCUGCUGUUGGCGCCCAGACCGUGAAACAUCAGCCUUUGAUACCCGAGUUUAAGUCUAUCGUGUGGGGCGCUGAUCGCCCGAAUCAGCCAUGCAAACCGUUACCGGAAGUCCCCUCUUCUCAGUGCGACAACUGCCAUGCCGCCCCAGGGUGGCCCGUCCCGUUGUCCCUUGACAUUUCGCUUGAGACCCCUCUGAGUGCCGAGCCGGCUGAGAAACUGGCGUGGACCAUGCUACAGGACCGCUUGGCGUCUCAGGAUCAGGUUCUUCAGAUGGUUUCCUUGCUGUCGCAGUCUCCUAGUUCGAGGCGCGCCAAACUACAUGCGGGCUUGGCGUGGAUGACUGGGGCCUAUGUCUUCGGACCUCAGGCUGGGCUGCAUGGGGCCUCCUCUUCUAUGCCAUCUGUCAGCUGCGUUUUGGCCCCGUUGGCCAGACACUUCGCACCGCAGGCUGCCUUUAGCGCUUUGGCUGUCUUUUCUGACUUCUACAGCCCUCGGCAUGUGGAUCAACAUAACGAUCAUUCCUUCAUGAACGUGGUCAUUCCGCUUUCCUGCUUCCAGCAGGGAGGCAUCGCUGUCAACGAUACCAUUCUCCCGGUAUCCGAGGGACCCUGUUUCCUGCAGUCAGCCAUGCCACACGAGGUGUUGCCAGCCCUGGGCAAGAGAGUCACUCUGGUGGCAUAUGUUACAAGGGCCUGGCAAGGUCUGUCCCCUGCACAAUGUCAGACCUUGCGGAGUUUGGGUUUUCUCUUGCCAUCAGACUGCCCAUCACCCUCCAACACAGCGGGGGAGCAUGAAGCCGGGCGAUUGGUGCAUUCUCAGCCUGGAGGCCCUAAGGCGUGUGCUUGGGGAAUCUACCAUUCGAUGGAGGAGCAUGUGCAGAAGGCCUCAAACUUGAAUCACUCAGUGGACUCUACGGGGUCAGUGCCGGACAACAUCAGGAGGGCCAUCUUCGACAUUGCCACAUUGGGACCAACCUUCAUUCGGGAGCUGAGGGAGAAGGAGAUCGUCUCGAUCGAGAAGAGGGCGGCUGAGCUCGGCAGCGACAACAAGCAUCCCAUCACCAAGGACAAGUGUCUUUCUUUGUUCAGGGAGCUGGUGACUGAGACGCAGUUCCCCGACCCUGAGGUUUGCACCUUCAUGGAAGAGGGCGUCCCCUUGGUUGGAAUCGAGCCUUCUUCUCCAUUGUUUCCACCGAGACCCAGGCCGACGAAGGCGACCCCGGAGCAGCUUGACUCUCAGGCUGUAUGGAGAAGACGUGAGCUUCUGUCGAAACCUCCCCAGGCUUUGGCAGAUGACGAAUUGGAGAUCCUCAAUGCCGAGACCAAGGAGGAGUGCCGACUGGGAUUUCUGGAAGGGCCAUUCUUUGACGAAGCUGCAGUCGCGGAAAGAUUAGGCUCGGAGGAGUGGUCCCCAAGCCAACGCUUUCUUCUCCUCCAGGGCGAAGAGCGCAAGCCCAGAGUCAUAGAUAACCUUCGCGACUCGGGGAUCAACGCAUCGUUCGGAUCUACAUCACAUCUUCAUCUCCACGAUAUUGACUUCGUAACUGCCUUGACGAUGCUCAUAGCCGAUGUCUGGAACUGCAAGGACGAGGUCAGGGUCCCGUUGUCCACGGGUGAGGUUCUCACUGGCCAUUGGCAUCCGGAUAGCUUGCGAGCCGAGUGGACGGGCCGAUGCUUCGACCUGUCGAAGGCCUACAAGCAGGUCCCAGUGCUUGAAUCAUCCCUCAAAUACGCUGUGAUCGCGAUGCCUGAUCGAAAACGCAAAUGGGUCUUCUACCUGGCUCGUGGUCUUCCCUUUGGUGGCAGUGGGUCCGUCUUUGCAUUCAACAGGGUGUCAAGAGCGAUAUGGCAUGUGGCCGUGGAAAAGCUGCGCAUGGUGACCUCAGUGUUCGUAGAUGACUUCCCGACUCUUGAAAUUGGGCCUUUAACCCAAAGCGCAACUUCGGUUUUCUCGCGACUGCUGACGGCCCUCGGCUGGGUCCAUGCUACCACUGGCAAGAAGGCGAUUGACUUCACCAGCACAUGGGUAGCACUCGGCGCAAAAUUUGAUGUUUCCAAACUUCAUGAAGGUCGUCUUGAAAUUUCCAACAAGGAAGGAAGAGUCGAUCGGAUUCGAGGUAUGGCAGGUGCGAUGCUUGAUGAAGGUGCUGAUCUGCGCCAGCUGGCGACUUCGCUGCAUGGCCUGCUUAACUUCGCCUCAGGCUUCACCCUCGGAUCAUCCCUGAAACCGAUUGCAAGGAUCUGCUCUAGAAUUUCAGCGCGACCUUCGAGCUUUGGGGCGGAAGCGCUGAAGCAAAUGAAUGACCUGCUUGCUGCGACUCUCUCAUCCCUCAGACCGAGGACGAUUACCGUUUCUGACCCCAGGAAGCCGGUGAUCGUAUACACCGACGGGUCCUAUGAGGACGAAGUUGCCAAGUGGGGCUCUUUCUUCGUGGACCUAGAGUCAGGAGAGAAGUUCGUCUUGGCCGGAGUCGUUCCAGAAGAGCUUCGCAAGAUGUGGCACACUCAAGUCGGCGAGCAAAUCAUCUGCGAGGUGGAGCUCUUCGCUGUGGUCUGCGCGAAGUGGGUUUAUGGUAAGAGGAUGUCUGCUCGCAAGGCGUUCAUCUUCAUCGAUAACAACUCUGCGCUUGCGACUCUUAUCAAACGAAGCAGCCAAUCAGAAGCGAUGUUCAGACUGAUGGCGCUUGUAAAUGUCAUGGACUCGGUACACCCUGUCGGAGCAUGGUAUCACCGGGUCCCUUCCAAGAGCAACCCGGCUGACCUGCCGUCGAGGGACGAGUCCAGCGAGCUUUGCCGCAUCUUCAAUGCUACUGACCAGGGUGAGUUUACGCCCCCUGAGGAGAUGGUCAGAUUCAUCAUGGAGCCGAGUUUCUGUGUUGCAUCGCUCGAGUCUGCUGUGGCUGCUUAUACGAAGCAUCAGCCAUGA